CAGAGUAUUAAUAAACGUCACUUGUUCACGUUAAAAAUAUUUUGUCCAAUUUGAAAAGAUUAUCAAAUUGAAUAUUUUCUGUACGGAAAUUAUUUUUUACGUGCCUACCAGAUACACUGUACUGAAAAAUAUGUUUUAAUGUCUAUUCGUAAUAUCUAAGAAGAAACAGUUUGUAGGUUAUAUUGAUUAUUUUUAUAGUCAAAAUAAAACAAUGAGUGCGAACCCAGAUAUGUCGGAAAAAGAGAUUCUCAAUGAUUUUAAGGAAAAUUAUGGUAAGAUUCGAAAACUGCUUGACGAGGAUAGCAAGAAUGAUCCGGAAAAUGAGCCUUAUAUGUCUAAGUACAAAGCUAAAGGAAUACUUGUCUCUAUGGGCGACAGUUUGAAGAAAUUACUUGAUAAUCCAACCAGCUUGGAUGACUUGAAGCUCCAAGCUAUGUUAGGAACUAUGUUACUAAACAUUGGUAUCAUUGACAUGGAAACUGAAGAGCUGACAUCAAGUGAAAAGGUUUUAUCAGAAGCAAUUGAGUUACUAUCUCCAAAUUCCUCGAAACCAGAAAUAAUAAUCACUCUUAUAAAUGUUUAUAAUAACUUGGGUAUACUGUGGUCAAAUAGAGAUGCGCCUGAUAAGGCGAAAACAUACUUGAUACAUGCAAAAGAGUUGUAUGAGAAUUUUAAAUGUACUCUGCAGUUGCCCCUGCCUAUUGAACAGAUUGUUAGCCCUACAGGAGAGAGUCCAAUGGGAGAUUUCAUGUUACUUGAGAAAGCACACACACUAACUCUGUAUUACCUGGCACAGGUCUUUGGAUCUUUGAGGGAAAACUUAAAGUCUGCUAUAUAUUGUCAUGUGACAUUGCGAAGGCAGUUGCAGUACAAUGAUUAUGAACCGAUAGAUUGGGCACUGAACUCUGCCACCUUAUCACAGUUCUUCGCUGAGCAGAAUGGGUUCUUCCAGUCCAGGCAUCAUUUGGCAGCUGCUUCUACUAUCCUAGAACAGUAUGAAGAGAAAUUGGGCUCCUCGGAUAAUAAUGAUGAGGUGUUUCUAGCAAAGAUUGAAACAUUUAAGCAUAGAUCAGCCGAUGUGGCACGUUGUUGGGCCAAAUAUUGCAUUCUGCUCAUGACGUCAUCUAAAGCGAGGCUUAUGAAUGAUUCUGAACAAAUGACGGAAGAUGUGACAGAUAUGUCUGAUCUCACAUUGGACGACCAAGAAAACAUCUGUGGAGGUGACAUUACGAAAUUAGUAUUCACAGAUCUGGAUGUCUCCAAAUAUGAGAGCAAAGUUGGAGAUAAGUUUCUCCUCACUUACCAAGAUGCUAGAGAAGUCUUCUUGAGCUGUCAGACUUGGCUGAACAAAGCCAAGGAGUACUACAAGCUUGAUACCUUAGCUUCCGAUUAUAUAGAACUGGUACAGGAUAGCUCCCAGUCAUACAGUUACCUCGCUUUCUUUGAAGAGGAUGACGAAAGACGCGCCAAAAUGUACAAGAGAAGAAUUGACAUGCUAGAAGACUUACUAAAAGAAAUCAAUCCUGUAUACUACCUACAAUACUGCAGGCAACUCUGGUAUGAACUCGGUGAAGUUUACUCUGAUAUACUUAAUAUCAAACUUGAGAAAUUAAACAAGACUACAGAUAAACCGACACCUCAUGCAUUGAAGAAAAUAAACAAUCUUUGCGAGAAGAGUAUUGAGAACUUUGACCAUUUCUUGAACUCUGUCAAGGAUAAAGAUGGUCAAAUGCCUGUGAAAUUGGCGUUAGAACUAGUAAGACCUGUCAUCAGUGCUCUCGCGUUCAUAGGUAGGAAUAGCAUGAAGAGAGUAGCCGUAGACAAGGUAUUACAGUUAAGGAAUGUACAAAAGAGUUUUGAUUCCUAUCAAGCAGUGGUUGAUAUUUGUACGAACUGCGAGGAUGCGGCUGCAAUGAUGCGAGAAGAAUUUUCUUUAUGCCAAGAGAUGGUGAAAAUAUUACCAAUUAAGAUAAAGAGACUGCAAAUUGAAACAGCACAAUAGGAGAAUGAAGUGUGUUUUUGUGGAGAGCACUAAAAUGUAUUGCAGUGUUAAAAUUUUCUGGUUUACUCAGAAUGCUUAAAAUACUGCUUUUGAAUUCAGCUGGCUGAUUUAAGUAAUGAAGUAACCGAUUUUUUGCUCACGAGAUGUCGCUAAGGUAAUGUCGCGAUAGGUCUGUUUGUCCAAUCACCGUAGCUAUCAAAGAUUCAGACUACCACAGAUGGGGCCCAAUACGGGUAACCGGGGCUCCGACUCGACGUGCAGGAGAAAGACUGGGGUGGU